AUGACCACCAGACCAGCCCGCGCGCACCUCACCGCGCUCUUCCUGCUGGUGGCCACCGUCCCGGCGACGGCAAUCGGCCCAGGGUGGUUCUCAGAGGCCGAUGCCCUACUAGCAUGGAAGGCCAGCCUCGCCAACACAAGCGCGUUGUCCAGCUGGACCCGGGACGCGCCGGUCUGCAACUGGACCGGCGUGAUGUGCGGCCACCGCAACCAUGUCCGCUGGGUAAGGAUCGAAGGAUGCGGUCUCUCCGGCGGGCUCGGCACGCUUGACACUGCGGCACUAACGGGGCUCGCCGUGCUGAACCUUAAGGGGAAUAACCUCGGAGGCGCCAUCCCAGCCAACAUCUCGCAGCUACGCUCCCUCAAGCUUCUCGACCUCAGCAACAACAGGUUCGACGGCUCCAUCCCGUCGCAGCUCAGUGACAUGCACAGCCUGGUCAGCCUCCGGCUCCGCAGCAACAACCUCCUCGGCGACAUCCCGCGCCUGCUCUGCAGCCUUCUCUCCGUCCAGGUACUUGACUUGUCAGACAACCGGUUCACGGGUGAGCUCCCGGACUGCUGGUGCAACCUCCAGAAUUUGCGGUUCAUUGACUUGUCCAGAAACCGGCUCACCGGAGAGCUCCCAGGCUGCUGGUGGAACCUGCAAGAACUUGGGUUCAUGGACCUGUCCAACAACUCCUUCUCGGGAGAAAUUCCAGCAGCUCAGGCAGGCCAGACCUGCUCUCUCUGGUCGCUUUAUCUCGCUGGAAAUAACUUCAUUGGUGCCUUUCCGCCAGUACUAAACAGAUGUAACUUGCUGGCCACCCUAGACAUCGGGAACAACAUGUUCUUUGGUGGUAUCCCACCGUGGAUCGGGAGUCAGGUCCCAUCUUUGAGAAUACUUAGCCUCAGAUCAAACAACUUCACUGGAAACAUUCCCCCUGAACUAUCACAGCUCUCGCAACUUCAGCUCCUCGACAUGGCAAAUAAUAGCCUGGCAGGAUCAAUUCCCGUAGCCUUUGGUAACUUGACCUCCAUGAAAAAUCCACAAGGUCUUUCAACUCUGGUCGUGCAGGAAGGUGAGCCGACAUACAACGAUAGAAUCAACGUAAUGUGGAAGGGCCAGAAGCUGAUUUUUGAGAGAACGCUCUGGUUAUUAACCGGCGUCGAUUUGUCUGGGAAUUUUCUCUCCGGAUGCAUCCCAGAAGAGUUAACCAACCUUCAGGGCCUCCAGUUUCUCAACUUGUCAAGAAAUCAUCUUUCAUGCGGCAUUCCUCAAGGCAUUGGUAGUUUGAAUUCUCUCGAGUCCCUCGAUCUAUCAUCUAAUGAUCUUUGGGGAGAAAUUCCUCCGAGCAUCUCCAUCUUAUCAGGGCUCAGUAUCUUUAAUGUCUCGCACAACCAUUUGUCGGGCAAAAUACCUGCCGGGAGUCAGAUUCAAACCCUAACUGACCCAUCGAUCUACUCUGACAAUUCUGGGCUAUGUGGAUUUCCUCUCGUCAUUCUGUGUGCAGAUACUUCGCUUCCACCAGAUGGCAUAAACGGCGAAGGGGAGGACCAGUGGUUAUACUACUGUGUGAUUGCUGGAAUUAUUAUGGGUUUCUGGCUAUGGUUUGCGAUGCUCUUUACAGUUCAGACAUGGAGAUGCGGUUUUUACUUCUUUGUUGAUGAUGUGCAAUGUAAGUUUAUGCAGAAAAUGUCACAUUAGUUGUGUUCUAUGAAUGUUUAUACCAACAGAGGAAUCUAUGUACAAGAAGUAAUUUACGCGUGUACAACAGAAAAAAAAUCCACGCCAUUUCUCA